AUGCAAGUACCGGAAGAGGGCUUUGACUCGUUACCUCCGGCAGUGAGACGAAAGUUCUUCUCGAAUGUCGAGCGCUUGCGCAUGAGGUUAGAUCAGGAAGCCCCUGGGUGCUCCACGUAUGACUAUCAUCAUGCUCGGGCCUAUCGGACGAAUCAUGCUCACGGGCCACCCCUCCACCGUGGGCUUCGAACAGCGACCGUGACAAAGAGACGAGGUCUGGAGAAACGUUCUGCAUCUCCCAAAAAACUGCGUAAACCUGGUUCCCUCCAAUUGGCCUACCUGGUUGCUCAGGCGGACUCGCAAUGCUUUCAUUCUCUCCCCGCUAAGAUCCAACAAAAGCUUUUCUCCCCUGAGGAACGCCGUCGUCUCCGCAUUGCCUAUCGCGAUAGCGUGAUUCUGGACGCGGCCGACGAGGCUUUUUAUCGUCGCGACCGGGCUCGUCGUCAUUUCUCGACCGACUCUCUGCCCUCGGAGACGUCUGGUGACCAUCCUGCCUCCGUCUUUUGGGAAUCAGAUUCAGAAUCCGUCGACGAGAACGAAUCCUCCAAGAUGGAUGAGGCCAUCUAUGAUAGUUUCCGGUGGCUGGACGGCGAUGGGGAUCUGGACUUGUCGCUCGACGAGUACCACGCCCAUAUCGCCGACGCGGCCACUCAUCAAGGGAAAGCCUGGCGUCGUCCUUCCUUUCGCCGCUCCUUGUCUUUCUCAACCCAUACAGCAUUAAAACCUCGACAGUCGACAUCAGUCCCACCGCGAAGCAUCCCCCCGAGCCAAUCGUUGCCCCCGUUUGCGCCUUCCGGCAAUCGGAACCCAUCCUCCCGCCCGGCAUCUCGUCAUCAAUCCAGCCAACAUGCACCGAAAUCCUCCACCUCCAGCAUUGACCCCUCGGCACAAUACUACCAAGAUCCGGACGCUCGCUUGAAACUGCGGGUGUAUCUGGCAUCCCCACAAAAGUUUGAUGAAGCUAUUGAAUUUGGCUUCCCAUCCUUGGACCAUAACAAAGAGAACAUGUCCCCGGAACCGCCUUCCCCUGUCCCGGUCUCGAUCAAGUCAGAAUGUGCCGGUACCUUCUUCGAGGAGGACGAUGGCACCAUGGUGGGCAGCCCGGGUGGAUCAGUUCGGGAAGCACACGCGCCGUCAAUAGCCUCACACCCGCGGGAGAGCCCGCGACCAUCGAUGGAUACGCCGUCUUUGUUGCAAAGACGGCAGUCUUCCUUACCCGGGUCCAAAUUAGGUCCCCAGCGACUCCCAGGAAAUCGGGAGAUGACUCUAAAAAUGACAUUGACCCGACCCGAUCUCCGGACCGAGUCUCCCACACCGUCCCAGUCUCCCCAGGAGGAUCCUCUGCAAUUGGCCGCUCUACCGCCUGCCGAUCGCAACCAACACAUCUGGGAGGAUCUGGAUGAUAAUGAAGGCAUGGUCAAGAAGAUGUGGCGCAGACUGCGCCGCAGGGCUUAG